CACCCCCCCGUCAGACUACGCCAUUCCGAUAUCUCCUGCGCAAGGGAUCAUGGUCGUAGCCGCCGGUAUCAUACUUGAGAUGAAGGCUUCUCAGUAGCUCAAGAAAAGGACAUCGCAAAAGCCCCGAGUCUGACAGCAACUCACACCGAGAGCCUCAUGCGUCGAACAGAGCGGCUACCAAUUGACCCUUGCCAUCCCCAAAGUCGCGCCGGACGGCCCCCGACAGGAUGUUGCGAUAUCACGUUCCCGUCCUCGUUGUCCUUCAUGCCAUAGCUGCGUCAGCUGCAGGCCCCUCCGCCCUCGCGUUGACACCAUCGACCGAGUGGUAUGGCAUCGACGGCAACUGGUCCACAUUGAGCUUCCAAGUCGGAAACCCUGGAGAAUCAGUCAAUGUACUGGUGAGCACCUCGCUGUCCGAGUUUUGGGUUGUCCAGUCAGGUGGCUGCUAUAACCGGGAGCCUCUUUGCGCAAAUGCCAGAGGAAACGUCUUUGACCCGGCUGGUUCGUCGUCGUGGGAUGCCCUCGGUGGUUGGCAGCUGGGGCUGGACUACCUGCAAAAUGAAGGCAAUGGCGACUAUGGCUUGGACACUGUCGUCGGCAAGACAUUGAACGGAGACAGGAUGCUCAUGGACCGCACAAUUGUUGCCGCCAUCAACACGACCGACUACUACACCGGCUACAUUGGCCUAGGCAUCAAUCAAGGCAGAUUCGGUGACCAGGUUGCCGAGUCACCCUUGACCCAGGCAGUCAAGGAGUACGGACUGGUCCCCAGCUACAGCUACGGCUACACAGCUGGCGCAUCUUACAGUAAGCUGAAAACUGGCCGGCGGAAUGCAUGCGAGUUGACGCUAACAUUUUCGCAGUGGGAAGCAGCGGCGUGCCGUGUUCUCUGA